AUGUCACAGUUCUUAUCUAUACUGAGUGACAUAGUAGGAUGGACGUACUUCAUAACUUGGAGCAUGUCCUUCUACCCGAUCGCUUGGACUAAUUUCCGUACCAAGAAGGCAGUUGGCUUGUCCAUCGAUUACGCCUUCGUCAAUAUAUAUUCAAAUAUUCUUAAUGGAGUUUACAACUAUACAGGGUUCAUAUUUCCAGAUAUUGGGACAAACCACGUUCCUGUGCAAGAUCUUGUAUACUCCACACAUGCCAUAAUGCUAUGUACUGUGUACUAUGUGCAGGCUAAGAUAUAUCCAAAUGGUAAUCAAAAGAUGAGUAUUAUCACCUUCUUCAUAAUCGGAGUGACCUUCUUACUAGUAAUAAUCUUGUUCAUUCUUGAAUUAAACCAUAUUGGCACAAGUAAAUACUGGAACACAGCUAUGUUGUGAGGCUACCUUAAGGAUGUCAUUACUGUUUGAAAGUAUACACCUCAAGUUUACCGCAAUUGGAAGAGGAAAUGAACUAAAGGAUGGAACAUCUGGAGUGUCAUCUUCGACUUCUCAGGAGGUGUCUUCUCUUACCUCCAAAUAGCAAUCGAUGGUAAGUUCUCUUGUUGAUAA